AUGUUUGUUCCCAACACCACCAGCCGCCCACCGGAGGGCAUGGCCAUUCCCUACACUGAGCAACUCAUUUUUACCAUCGCCACUCAAAUACCCUUUGUUAUUUUCUUUGGCAUGGGAAUUCGGAAUCUGAUCUCUCGUGGCGACCCUAAAGCUCUAUUCUUUGGCAUUGGCGGCGUUUUAGCCUCGGCAUAUGAACCUAUUGUCGAUGUUAUGGGUUUCUGCUACUUCCCUCGUGAAGGAAAUUGGGUGGCAUUUGAAGCCUUUGGGAGGCCAAUUCCAGUGUUUGUCCCAGCAACAUAUGGUUGGUAUGUUGGAGGCAUGGGAUACUGGUUCUACACUGUCUUCCAGAAUCCCAAAUCGACGUCUCGAGACAUUCAGAUGCUCUGGUUUAGAGCAUUUGCCAUUAAUCUGAUCCUCGAGUACCCGCCAAUUUACCUCGGUAUUUAUUACUACUACGGCUACCAGCCGGUAGAGGUCGGAGGGUUUCCUCUCUGGUUCCCGGCUGUUCAUGCGACCAGUCCAAUCCUUGCUGCGUCCAUCGUCAGUCUAAUGACCCCUUAUUUGAAGGGGUGGAAAAACCUAGUGAUUAUUCCUACGGCUACCACCGCUUAUGGGUUCGCCAAUGCCGGAUUUGGCUCCCCUGUUUGGAUAGCAUUAAGCCUUGAUCUUGGAUAUCACGUCACAUACCCCGCUGCUGCAAUUUGCGCUCUCCAGAUCUUUUGUGGCGUGUGGAUCAUGUCACUACCGCUAGCUCCAGUUCCGCCUGUGAAGCUCAAUGGCGUUAAUGGCAAGUCAAAGGGCCUUAGGGGCUAG